AUGUUGGCAUCCAACAAAGCCUGGGUGGGUGAUGACAAGGGGCCCUAUGCCCGGCCGAUUGCUGCCGAGUCCAACGGGGUGAUCAUCCUUGUAUUCACACUAACGGUGCCUGGGAACGCUGCCGAGGGCCCAACAACCCGCCGCCGCCUUCGGAAGUAUCACGCUUCACCGACUCGCGAACCAGCCAAGGAUCGUUCGGUAAAGGCCGCCCAAAAACCCAGUGGAUCUGGCACCCAAUGCAAGGAACAUGUACAGUACACUAUCGGGAAGCGGCAUGUCGAGGCCGGUAUGCCGGAUCCAGUGCGUGCUCAAUCCGCGAUCCGGCGCCUCGGGUCCUCCACGCGGCCAGGCGUGUCGGCAAACAUCAGCAGUGAAGUCGGCCUAGCGAGGGGCCAUGCAGCAGGGGACAAGCUGCGGUCCAUCUCUGGCCCGGAUGUCCCACCGCCGCGCGUCGGGCCGAGCCCGCCAUGA